AUGAAAGCAAAACAACAACUUAAGCACGAAGUAAGAAGGCCUCGCAAUUCGAUAUUAUUCCGGUGGGGUGUCUUGUUUUGAUCAACUGCCUCCAGCGGAAAUAGGCAUUAUAAGCGUUGGUCGGGUGUGAACAGUUUUUUUUCUUUUUAGACACGUUUUCAUAGUUUGAACUUGUUUUUUGAAAUUUUUGAAAGAAUAGUCCUAGCCCAAAGCCCUAGCCCAGAGCCCUAGCCCAGAACUUUAGCCCAAAGCUUGAGCUUAGAGCCCUAGCUCAGUGCCCAAGCUCAAAACUCUAGCCCAAAACCCUAGCCUAGAGCCCUUGCCCAGAGCCCUAGCCCAGAGCAAUAUCCCAAAUCUCUAGCUUAGAGUCUUUGCCUAGAGCCCUAGCUCAGAGCGCUAGCCCAGAGCCCUAGCCCAGAGCCCUAGUCUAGAGUCCUAGUUCAAAGCUCAAGCCCAAAGCUCUAACCCAAAGCCCUAGUCCAGAGCCUUAACUCAGAGCCCUAGCCCAGAGCCCUAGCCCAGAGCCCUAGUCCAGAUAGUCCAGAGCCCUUGCCCAAAGCCAUAGUCCCAGAGCCCUAGCCCAGAGCCCUAGCUUAUCUGGUGCAACGAAAUGUUAUUUCCUAUAUAUAUUAGUAGUUGUAAAACGGUUUAUAGGCAGUAGGCUAGCUUAUUGUUUUUUUACUGUGUAAAAGUAAAAAAAUUUGAAAAAAAAAAUCUUGUCAUUUUUAGCUUGUAAACAAAGUUUUUGCAGUUUUUUAUUUUUUUUUCUAUUAUCAAAUUAACAAUUUAGUUUAAAUUUUAACAGUGUUUGGUGUAAAAUACGUUGCAUUUGGAACAGUUGUUUUUAAAAGUGAAUAGUCAGUUUUAAAAAAAUUUUAUUAGAAUUCUUAUUUCAUUUAAAAUAACUUUUUUUAAACUAGAAUUUUUAACGUUAAUACUCUAAAUUUAUAAAAAGGUUACAAGUAUUGCAUUUUCAGUCUUGGAUGGACUCCGAACAUCGGGUGAUCCUAAACGUUGGCGGCGUUCGACACGAAACAUACCAACAUGUGCUGAAAAAGAUUCCGGCUACACGGCUUUCACGGUAAGUAGUAGUUUUUUAGUGUACACCCGAUUCACGUGUGCCGACCUAGCCUUUUUCAAAUAUUCUUAGUCUAAUUUGUCAGCUUGAUUUCCGGCCCUCAGGCCCAUGUGUGACGGCGCGGCCCCUUUUGUACAGACUUGAUUUGGCUUAGCCCGACUAAGCUCUUAUCAAAAUUGCUUCGUCCCGGCCCCUGUCACUAUAAAAUCAGACUUGUUAAACACUUUUAGAAAGUCAACUCUUUCGUUGCGAGACCUAAGCUGGGCCCCUGGGGCUUGUUUUGAGUGUCGGCUUUCAGGCCUACACGUACCGGCCAGAUCGUGAUCGAAUGAUUUAAUAUACUUUUUUCAGGUUAACACCAAACCUAGCAAAUUACGAUCCUGUUCUAAACGAGUACUUCUUUGACAGACAUCCAGGUAGAGUAAUAUUUGUCAUUUUUGUGUUUUGUAAAGAAAGUUUUUGCCAUUUUUUAUUUUGUAAAGAAAGUUCUUGCCAUUUAAUGUUUUGUAAAGAAAGUUCUUGCUAUUUUUUCAUUUUUUGUUUUGUAAACAAAGUUCUUGUCAUUUAAUGUUUUGUAAAGAAAGUUCUUGCCAUUUUUGGUUUUGUAAAGAAAGUUCUUGCAAUUUUUUUUUAUAUUAAAUCAUUAGUUUAAAACAUUUUUACCUACCACCCCCAUUCCAGGUGUAUUUGCGAUGAUAUUAAACUACUAUCGCACGGGUAAACUGCACUAUCCAGUCGACGUCUGUGGCCCUCUAUUCGAAGACGAACUCGAAUUCUGGGGCCUAGACUCAAAUCAAGUAGAGCCAUGUUGUUGGAUGACAUACACCCAACAUCGUGACACACAAGAAACAUUGGCAGUAAUCGAAAGCCUGGACAAUGAUAUGGAUCCACAGACGGCCGAAGAGAUCGCCAAAAAGUUCGGCUGGGAAGACGACUAUUAUAAUGGCAGUUUGUCAUGGUGGCAGCGGAUCAAGCCUCAGGUGUGGCAAAUGUUCGACGAGCCGUGGUCGUCUCGGUAUGCUAGGGUAGGUCAAAAAUGUUUAAAAAUUUUAUAAAAUAAUUUGGGAGGGUAAUUAGGGGUGGCGGUGCUAAAAUUUUUUUUUGGCUUUUUUCUGAACUUUUUAUACGUAAAAAACAUUUUUGUCGCAAAAAAAGAACUUUUUAUUUAAAAAAAUUGUUUUAAAAUUACAAUUUUACGACUAUUUUUUUCCCUUAUAUUCUCUUUUCCUCCACUCCCCAUCCCUCCAUUUUUCUUCAAACAGAGAACAAAGCGCUCUUCCGCACUUGACUUUGUAGCCGAACCGGUAGUGUGUUCGCUUUUGGCGCGAAAGCCGGCGGGUUCGACGGCGGGCCGGAUGAUUCCACUUUGGUGGUUUAUAUUUGCUACUCUUGAAUAGGUUUGAUGACAAUUAACCAAGCUGACGGCUUUUUUGAUGUUUUAGGAUUGUUUUUGGUUUGUAAAAUACGCUGUGUGAAUUGAUCGGUUUAAAAAAAGUAGUUUUUUGACAAAAAAAUUUAGAAAAACGACAAAAAAUGACGAUUUUUUGUUUAAAUAUCGUUUUUUUAACACAAAAGUACUGUAAUUUUAAAAAAAAUUGUAAAUUGUUAAUGUCAUCCACAAAACAAAGACAUACCUAACUCUUAUGUUGCUUUUAGGUAGUGUCAGUGACCUCAAUCUUCUUUAUAAUCCUCUCAAUCGCCUGUUUUUGCCUUAAAACCGAACCUCGAAUGCGGGUGCCAGAUUUAAACAUUAGGCCUAUUGAUAUGAUAAACAAGUCCGAUCUACCGAUACAUGACACUGGGCAGUACGACAUACAACGGCAUCAGGAUCGUUUCCCCAAACAUCGAGGGUUUGCAGUUGAGAAAAUUAAAACGAGGUAGGGCAUAGUGAAGGCAGGGUAGGGCAAAGGUCUGUAAGAGAAUAGUAAUGUAAGACAAGGGUACUGUAAAGCAAGGGUAGGGUAUGGAAAAGUUAUUGUAACAUUGUAAAAAAUGGUACUGUAAGACAAGGGUAGGGUAUGGCAAGGGUAUUGUAGGGUAAGGUAGGGCAGGGUACUGUAGGGUAGAGUAAGGAAUGGUAAGAGUAUUGUAAGACAAGGGUACUGUAAGACAAAGGUAAAGUAUGAAAAAGUUAUUGUAAGAAAUGGUAGUGUAAGACAAGGGUGGGGUAUGGCCAGAAUACCGUAAGAUUACAGUAAGUCGAGGUUAGGGUAUGACAAGGGUACUGUAAGAGAAAGGUAAUGUAAGACAAAUAUAGGGUAGGGUAGGGUAAGGCGAGGGUAUUUUUGUUACAGUAUGACUUUACUAUACCUCCAUUUUCAGAGCCCACCCCCACUUUUUCUACCUCGAACUCAUUGCCAAUAUUUGGUUCACGUGGGAGAUCCUAAUGCGCCUCAUUUUUAGUCCAAACGCCUUGGACUUUAUCAAAAGUCCGAUAAAUAUAAUCGACUUCAUAGCUACUGCCUCAUUCUACGUGGACUGGUUUCUGGAGUACUAUUUGGAUGGGAAUCAUCGUGACACGAUUGAAUUCUUCAAUAUCGUCAGGAUCUUCAGGCUUUUCAAAUUGACUCAACAUUCCAGUGGCUUGAAUAUCCUCAUUGAGACUUUUAAGGCCUCUGCUAGGGUAGGUUUGACAUUUUUGAUGACUAAUUUUUUCGAAAUUUAGGUAUCAAACAUAACUUUUUUGAAUAAAAUCGACCGAAAAAUAAAUUUUCAACAAAAAAAAUUUUUUUUACAAGUUUUCGACCAUUUCAUAUCAACAUCAUUCGCCUCGCAAAAAGCAGAGCAUUCCAAAAUUUGUCAUUGAUCAGCCACUGAAAGAUCAGAGCUGAAACAUGAGCUAACCUCAAACUUGGGUUAUUAAACCGAAGACUACCUCAAGCUCAUUGCCUAACUUAAAACGGUCACUUGGUUCUUGGAUGAGAAAGUGACUUUUUAUGCGCUUUUCUCUUUCUCCGCGCUCUCUUUUGUUUUGCGUUGCUUUUGUAUUCUCCCUUUAAUGACUUUCAUUCUCUGUCCGCUCUCUUUGCUCUUCUUACUCUCUCGCCGGCUCUCUCUUGAUUUUCGUCCAAAAAAAAAGAAGAGAGAUAAUAAAGAAGAGGAGACGUGUGGCGCGCAGUUGGAGAUAGAAAGGAAACAACAAGGGAGUGGGAAAGAAAGCGCUAAUUAUAAGAGAAAGCGUAGAAAAAGAGAAAAGCGCAAACAGAGGGUCUUACUCAAUCAAAAAACAAGUGACUGAUUUAUCUUAGUGAAUGAGCUUGGAUUAGUCUUCGGUUUAAUAACCCAAGUUAGAGGUUAGCUCGUGUUUCAGCUCUGAACUUUCAGUGGCUGAUCAUUGAUAAAUUUUGGAAUGCUCUGCUUUUUGUGGGGCGAAUAUUGGUAACUUAAAAUGGUCGAAAAUUAUGUAAAAAAAAUGAAUUUAUAAUUGAAAAUUUCAUUUUUGGUCGUUUUUAUGCAAAAAAUUAAGUUUGUUACCUAAAAUAUUUAAAAAAUCAUUUUUAUUCUUUGAUUUGCCCAAAAGUUAUAUUUUGUUACCUAAAGUAUAGCAAAAAUAAUUUUUAAGCCUGAAAUUUACAAAAAAUUAAAUUUUGUUACCUAAAAUUUUGAAAAAAGUUAAUUUUAAUACCUAAAAAUUGCCCAAAAUUUAUGAUUUGUUACCUAAAAUAUUUGAAAAAAAUUAUUUUUAUACUUAAAAUAGCCAAAAAUCGUGGUUUUUUAUUACAUAAUUUUCAAAAAGUCAUUUUUAAUACCUAAAAAACAUUUUUGUCUUGUCGCCUAAAAUAUAUCAAAAAACCAUUUUUAAGCUUUGAAUUGCCUAAAAGUUAUAUUUAUUACCUAAAAUUUGAAAAAAAUAUUUUUAAUUCCCUAAAAUUCCAAAAAAUUUUGGUUUGUUACCUAAAAUAUACCAAAAGUUACUGUUGAGCCAAGAACACUCAAAAAAUUGUACAUUGUUACCUAAAAAAUUUUUAAAAAAUAAUUUUUACACUGUUUUUUGCUAAAUUUCAUCAAACUUUUGAAAAUUAUUACCUAAACUUCGAAAAAAGUAAAAUUUGAUACCUAAAAUGUCAAAAAAAUUUUUUUUGUUACCUAAAACCUCAAGAAAACAUUUUCAGGAACUGUUAUUGUUGAUGUUUUUUGUUUUAUUGGGUACUGUAAUGUUCGCUUCGUUAAUGUAUUAUGCUGAACGAGUUGGCAAUAAUCCGGACAACCAAUUCGAGAGCAUCCCCUUAGGCUUAUGGCAUUCGCUGAUUUGCAUUACAACAGUCGGGUUUGGUGAUAUGGUAAGUUAUAUUAUGUAAUUUUUGCGUUUUUAGGCUGGGCGGGGUAGGGUAGGGCAAGGCAGGGUAUGGUAGGGUAAGGCAGAGUAGGGUCGGAUAGGGUAGGGUAGGGUAGGGUAGGGUAGGGUAGGGUAGGGUAGGGUAGGGUAGGGUAGGGUAUGGUAGGGUAAGGCAGAGCAGGGUAGGGUAGGGAAGGGUACUGUAGAGUACGGUAGGAUGAGAUAGGGCAGGGUAAAAUAGUUCGAAAAAUCCAAUUUUCUACAAAUUUCAGGUACCUCACACAUAUUACGGCAUGGUAGUCGGUUCAUUUUGUGCUUUAAUGGGUGUACUCACGAUUGCUUUACCGGUACCAGUAAUCGUGUCUAAUUUUGCCAUGUUUUAUUCACAUGCCAAAGCUAGGUGAGUUUUUUACUAAAUUAUUUUUAAAAAUGAAAAAAAAAAUAUUAAAAUUUUUUUUUUUUGAAUAUGCAAAUUUCCACAUCACAACCACUAACCGUAUUUUACCAAAUCACGCUUGUUUCAAAGCAAAAAAUUAAGAAAGAAUAGAACGUGCCUCAUUGGCUCAGGGGCAGAGCGUCUGUCUAGUAAACAGAAGGUCGCUGGUUCGAUUCCAGCAUGAGGCAGCUUCUUUUUUGGGCUUUUUCUUGUAAAGUGACGGUUGCUUUUAAGAGUAGCAGUUUAGUAAAAGGCUUAUUUUAAAUUUUUAAAACUAUUUUUAAUUGAUUUAACGGGAUUAUUUAGUUUAAAAAUAUCAUUUUUGAGCAAAAAUCGCAAAAAAUGUGGAGAAAUUGGGAUUGUUGCUGCCAUUUAGUUUGAAAUAGUGUAAAAUACGUAUUCUUUAAACAUCUGUUUUUAGGUUAAGGUAUUUUACUUUAAGGCAAGGAAGAUUUUUCAUCAAUAAUUUAGAAAAAAGUCACUUUUUGCCCAUCUAUUCCGCAAAACCUCUCGUAUUUUCAGGUCGAAACUGCCAAAACGAAAGCGACGAGUCCUUCAACCGCACGAAAUCAAGCCGAUUGUUGGUCGCACCACCACCGCAACUCUUCUCAGCACUAUAGCCAACAGGAAUAACAAUCAAUCACAGGCUCAAACUCCAACGAAUCCGAUGACUCCGUUCGCCGCGGCGCAGAAUCUGUUCGUUCAGAAUGCGCCGAAGCGGAGAAGUUCGAGGUCGAGUCUGUUGGGUGCGGAUGGGCCGAAUGGGGAGAAGAGGAAUAGUACCAGCUCCAACCACAACCACAAACAUUCCAGGGACAAUGGCAGGGCCAAUGAGAGCGCCAACAAACUUUUGUAG